AUGGAUAGUGACAUAAUUGACGAAGAAUUUGUAUAUGGAAAAAAUAUAGAAAAGAUAAAAAAAAAAAAGGAAUUAAUUUUAGAUUGCUUAAAAGAAAUAAAUGAUCCAGACUUAAAAAGGAAUAUAGUAGAACUAAAUUUUGUUCGUAAUUUAAAAAUAAAAGAAAAUAAAAAUGGAAAAUAUGACAUCGAAUUUGAUUUAAAUUUGACAACACCCGCCUGUCCUGUUAAGGAUGAAUUAUUAUCAGAGUGUAAAAAAAAACUGAAUACAUAUGACUGGAUAGAAGAUAUAAAUAUUAAUAUCACAUUUUUUAGUUUCAAUGAAAAUGAUAGAAAAAAAAAUAUAAAGAAAAUUGAAAAUAUUAUAUUAGUAUAUAGUUGUAAAGGUGGAGUAGGAAAAUCAUUUUUUUCUGUUAAUUUUGCUUAUUAUUUAAAAAAACAAGGAGCUACAGUUGGUCUUUUAGAUGCUGAUAUUAAUGGCCCAAGUUUACCAACACUAUUGCCUUUUGAUCAUUCAUAUGCUAAAUUUAAAGCUUUAAAAAAAAAAAAAAAAAAUGGUAUUAAUAAUAAAAUAUUUUAUGAACAGGAAAAAAUAAAUAAUAUAAUUGACCAAGAUCAAAAUCAUACUUUUUUAAAAAAAGAAAGUUUUCAGGAAAAUUAUUUUUUUGAUAAAACAAAAAAUAUUAUGAAAAAUUUGAAUAAUGUUAACCUAAUAGAUGAAAGACAUGAUGAAAAUUUUAAAUUAAGGGAAAAUAAUAAUAAUAAAAUAUAUAGCGGUUUAUUUGAAUCUUAUACAAAUGAGGAUAAUGAAAAUGAAGAAAAAAAAAAUGAUAUUAUUGAUAGUCAAAAAGAAAAUAAUGAUGAUGAAAAAGAAGAAAGAGGUGAUUACAAAGAGGAAGAAGAUAUCACAAUCCCAUUAAUAGAACCAUUGAUAUAUAAAAAUGUAAAAUUAAUGUCAUAUGCAUAUAUAAAAGAUAAACAAAAGUUGGGUUUUGCCUCUUUUAGGGGUCCAAUACUAAACGAAUUAAUUAGCGAAUUUGUUCAUAAUGUAAAUUGGGGUGUAUUAGAUUAUUUAAUUAUUGAUAUGCCACCAGGUACUAGUGAUAUACAUUUAAAUUUAUUUGAAUCUGAACAUAUCGAUGGUAUUAUUAUGAUUACUACUCCAAAUGAUUUAUCUAUUAAUGAUGCCGAAAAAGGAAUAAAUAUGUCUAACUAUUUUAAUAUUCCUAUUAUUUGUUUAAUUAUAAAUAUGAAUUAUUUUAUUUGUGAUAAUUGCGAUAAAAAACAUUAUAUUUUUAACAAUUGUGAUAUUAAAUCUUUACAAAAAAAAAUAAGCAAAAUAUAUGAAUUCCCAUUUCAUCCUCUUGUAUCAAAAAAUGUAUAUAACAAUACUGAUUUUGAUCAUGUCGAAAGUGUGGAUAAAGAAAAGGGUUGUAAAUUUUCAGAUGAAAAAGAUUGUAAGUUUCCAUUUAUACUAUCCUCUGAAAAUCAUUAUUUAAUUCAAAAACUUGAAGAGAUAUUUGAGAAUGCUACAAGAGAAAUUUCAAUUAUAAAAUAUAACCAUACCUUAAAUUUACCAUCUAUACAGAUUUAUAAUAAAUAUUAUAUACAAUUAAGUUUUGAUUCAAUUCAAAAUAAAUAUGUUUUUUCAGAUGAUGUAUUAACUUGUAAUAGUAAAGAUAUACGUUUAAAAUGUGCUUGUGAUAUAUGCACAAAUUUAAAAAAAAAUAAUCCACAAAAAAAAAAAAAUAUAAAAAAAUAUAUUUUUAAUCAUAAUAUAUAUGUAAAGGAAAUAAUUAAAUUAGGCGCAUAUAAUGUUAAAUUUAUUUGGUCUGAUGAUCAUGUUUCUAUUUAUUCAUAUUCAUAUCUAAAACACAUAUUUCAAAAAAAAAAAAUAACUGGCCCAAUUCCAUAUUGCAGCUCUAAUAAUAUAUCCAAAUAUGAUUGGUAA